CUUAAUAAUAUCCGAGACGAGAUUUUGGAGCCAAGCAGCAAGCGCCAACGACGGCGCGGCACCGCCAUUUUCCGGGGGUAGUAUGAACUACUAAGUGAAAAUUCAAGAACGCCCGGCAACGGACGGGAACGCUGUCGGCGGUUAAGAUCAGAUCUCCCGGCGGACGAGAGAGACCAUCUGUGGUUCCAUCUAGCAGCGUCAGGAAAGGAGAAUUGUAUCUGGUUCUCUGUCUUGCUCUCCCGAUCGAUCGUUCUGUGUCGCGGAGAAGCAGAAAAGAGAGAGAGUGGGGGAAUAGUGGGGUGGGAGCCGGGAGGAGGAAGGGAAGGUCGGCGUGAUGGGGUGGGGAUGGUCGAUCUUUGAAGGGAUCGUGGCCAUCGGAUCGUUGCUGCUGCUGGGAUGGGCGGGGCUCUGGUUCCUCAACCGUCGUCUCUACAAGGAGUACGAGGAGAAGAGGGCGCUCGUUCAGAUCCUUUUUAGCGUGGUCUUCGCUUUCUCCUGCAACCUCCUCCAGCUCGUCCUCUUCGAGAUAAUACCCGUCCUUUCCAAAGAGGCAAGAUGGAUAAACUGGAAUGUUGAUUUGUUUUGUUUGAUUACGUUGCUGGUUUUCAUGCUGCCUUACUACCAUUGCUACUUACUUCUGCGGAAUAAUGGUGUGGGAAGAGAAAGGGCAGCUUUUGCUGCGGUGUUAUUCUUGUUGGCAUUUCUUUAUGCAUUCUGGCGCAUGGGCAUUCACUUUCCAAUGCCAUCCCCCGAAAAAGGUUUUUUCACAAUGCCACAAUUGGUCAGCAGAAUUGGAGUGAUAGGUGUGACAGUUAUGGCUGUAUUAUCUGGUUUUGGAGCAGUCAAUCUUCCAUAUAGUUACUUGUCGCUCUUCAUCAGGGAGAUUGAGGAAGCUGAUAUAAAGGCUCUAGAACGGCAACUGAUGCAGUCCAUGGAAACAUGUAUCAUGAAGAAAAAGAAAAUUAUUCUUUCUCAGAUGGAGAUGGAACGGAUCCAAGAUUCUCAAGAGAAGCUUAAGGCUGGAUCAUUUAUAAAGCGGUUGGUUGGGACUGUCGUACGUUCUGUGCAUGAAGAUAAGAAAGAACAGGAUAUUAAAAACAUGCAGGCAGAAGUUCAAGCUUUAGAAGAACUGUCAAAGCAACUUUUUCUUGAGAUUUAUGAACUACGACAGGCAAAAGAGGCUGCUGCAUAUUCACGGACUUGGAGAGGGCAUUUGCAGAAUAUUCUGGGAUAUGCAUGUUCUAUUUAUUGUGUAUAUAAAAUGGUUAAGUCACUGCAAAGCGUGGUCUUCAAAGAGGCUGGCUCUGUUGAUCCGGUUACCAUGACAAUCAGCAUAUUUCUGCAGUUUUUUGACAUUGGCAUGGACGCUGCAGUUUUGUCUCAGUACGUGUCCUUAAUAUUCAUUGGAAUGCUUGUUGUGAUCUCUGUCCGUGGCUUCCUUACAAAUUUAAUGAAGUUCUUCUUUGCCGUUUCUCGAGUUGGAAGUGAAUCAACAACAAAUGUUGUGCUCUUCUUGUCAGAGAUAAUGGGGAUGUAUUUUGUUUCUUCAAUUCUUCUGAUAAGAAAAAAUCUUGCAACUGAGUACAGGAUGAUAAUCACAGACGUGUUGGGUGGAGACAUACAGUUUGAUUUCUAUCAUCGGUGGUUUGAUGCUAUAUUUGUUGCAAGUGCUUUUCUCUCCUUGCUUCUGUUGUCUGUGCACUAUACUUCCCGGCAAGCAGACAAGCAUCCCAUCGACUGAAUGCUUCUGUGUACUGUCUGCAUUGCCUGCAAUUGAAGGAGCCUGUGCUAUGUCUCAUGAUCAACCAUGCGAAGUAACCAAUCCAUAAGUAGCCUCCCCCUGAUUUCUCCAGUAAUGUAGAUAAGCAUCUUUAAUUCAUGGAUGGCACCAGGCUUCAUCCUGUUACAUGUAUCAGUUGUUUGAAAGCCAGAUUCCACCACUAUUGGAGCUAUCCAUAUGGUUUUAUUGGUUUUGACUUCCAAUCAUUAUUCCAAUUAUAAUUUUUCUUUUUGUGAAAAAAAGAUACCUGAUUGUUGAUUAUACAAUGCAUUUAAUAGAAAUUAUUAUAUCUCAACAUGUUGAUCCAUAGAUCUUUGCCAAAUCGACUUGGGACUCAGCUUGUGAGUGUUUCAAGUCAUGAACAUGGUAGCACUUGAGAUAUCACUAUUAUCGCCUGAAUCAAGUAUAAAACCUGUCUGACUUGCUCAAGUCAUGAGUCGCGAGUCACUCAUCAAUUCAGACCACUGCACAAGUAUGUAACUUUUAACGUUUAAAUUUUAACAACUAUUACAUUUAAACUUAAGGGUGGGGGAAACAAAAGGUACAUAGGCAGGUCUUCCCCAUUAUCGUACUGGUGUGGCAGGUUUCUUCUCUUGUAUCCCUCUGCUCCAGGCUGCCUCCAGAACUAAUGAAGCAUGCUUCCUGCUAGAAAACAUUUUUGGCUGAGUUGUUGAUCUGCAGCACCACCAUUCCCAGCUGAGUCACUGAUCUGCAGCCUUUCAACAUCCCACCCCUUGUGCUCUGGUCCAAUUGUAGCUGCAAUCAACCUCCUCCCCCACACCUCCAUUGCUGCCGCAUUCUGAUCCUGGCAGUCGGCUCUCAGCCUCAGAUCUUCGACUCAGAGGAAUUGGUAUCUGUAAGGAGUAAUCACCGAUAGUCCAGGCUGAGGAGGGUUUCUUCUUAUGAUUAAAUGACGUACCAUCACCUCCAGAAAAUGUGUUGCAGGUGGCAGUCGUUCCCGUGUAUCUAGUUUCUUUUGUUGGUGCUAUGAAUUUGUUUUGCUGGUUAAUGUUUCUUUUUUUCUAAUUUAUUAUUUUACCCUAAAUCAAUUCUUCAUAUUUUUCUUAAGUGUAAAGGCAGUUUUUUUCUUCUCUUUUGCAUUUUAUUUAAGUUAAUUUUGUA